AGCGCGCAACUACACCCCUGCCCCUGCCUCCUCCUCACAGCGUUGGUCGCCAGCCAUCCCCUCUCCUCCUGUACCAUAACAGAUGGUGGGAACAACAUUGCAUGCACCGGGUACCACAACAAUAGACCGCAGCAUCCAGUCCAGACAACACUGGCCUUGCACCAUCAUGCUCCUAGUGCAGGACUGCGCGAGGCUUUGAGUGCCGUCGUGAUUCAUUUCACGCGGUACCACCACCACCACCACGGCCACGGAGGAACCUUCUUGCGACUGUUUGGGCUCUCCAUCGAGCGGGGAAGAUGGCCGCUAUGAAAAUAUUAACAGGCACAGGGCUCUUCUUGGCGCUCUGUGCGCUGGGGCUGCUCGCUAUGGCGAUUUGCACCGAUUAUUGGUACGAGACCGACGCGAGGAGACAUCGGGAGAGGUGUAAAAACUAUGCCAACAAGCGAAACGACCCGGGGUACAUAUACAUUUCAAACCAUAACCUCCCUCUCCAGAUGCCUCCAAAGAGCCUGGAGAGGAAAGGUAACGGCCCAGAUGCUGGUGCUCUCAUCAGGGCGAAGCGGCACUUUCUGGCCGCGGCAUCUGCCAUGGAGUCUCAUUGCAGUCGGCAGUUUAACUCCACCAUCUCCGGGCUUUGGAGGAAGUGUCACCGUGAGGGCUUCGACCUGGAGACCGAGGACCUUAUUUACAAAGGAAUAAUUCAAAGAUGUACCCCAGUCAAGUAUCACUACUCUUCGUCCAUCCUACCACGAAAUUUACCCAUCAACAUCACAAAGACCAUACGACAGGAUGAGUGGCAUGCACUCCAUCUAAGAAGGAUGACGGCUGGCUUUGUGGGCAUGGCCGUCUCCAUCAUUCUUUUUGGCUGGAUCAUCGGAGUGCUGGGAUGCUGCCAGCAGCAUGACCUCAUGCAAUAUGUAGCUGGGCUACUCUUUCUCAUGGGAGGAACAUGCUGCAUCAUCUCCUUGUGCACAUGUGUGGCAGGAAUCAACUUUGAGUUAUCCCGCUACCCCCGCUACAUGUACGGCCUACCUGAGGACAUUAGCCAUGGCUAUGGCUGGUCCAUGUUUUGUGCCUGGGGGGGGCUAGGUCUCACAUUGCUGGCUGGCUUUCUCUGCACCUUGGCCCCCUCCCUGAGCACACCCGCUCGCACAACGACCCACAAGCCGAGGCAGGAGAAUGGAACCGUGUGACAGAGGCGUCGUGAAGGACCGACCCACCGAACGCACAAACCACACCCUUCCAACCGUGAUGUUUAACUCUGAAACAGUUUUUGUCUGAUCACCAUCCCACACCACCCUCGACAUCGCCAUACCCCUUUAGUGUUCAGUGUGCCUGAGAAGGAGCAAAGUAACGACAAACUUCACACACCUAAUCUCGAAAAUCCCUGAGGGACCUCUAGGAACACCAAGAGUAACACCUACAGUAACGUAUGGCUGGGGCAUGGCUCUCAUAGCACAAAUAAGACCAUUUUUUUGGUUCAGAUGUUCGACAUGCUGACUUUAUGGCGAUCUUAAGGUGACUGUUUUCUCUAAAGAGAAUUUGUCUUAUAAUGGUGCUCUCUUGAAUACAUAAAGCCACAUACACUCCCACACAGCACACACACGCACGCCAGCACAUGCUUUCCACACACGCUCAAUUACUCCAGAUGAAUCAUGGGAGAAAUCCUCCGAAAGGAUCAAACACACAAACAUCAGGUCAGAGCAUCCUGUCAGCAUUCCUCUUUCAGUCGAGUGAUGUGUGCUGUGUUAUAGUUCGUAAUGAAAAAACAAAAAAAUAUUCUGGCGUUGACUGCCCAUUGCUUAUCUUUAGUGUAGCACACUAACUGAUAUCAAACAUGAGCCCGGGGGGCAAUGUCUGCAGCCUUUGCAGAGCACAAAAUGCAUCUAGCAGAGUGGUCAGUACUAUAAAUUACACAGAAGUAAAUCUGCAUUGACAAGCAAACCGUUUGCUUCUGUAAAGAUUCUAUAUGUACAAAUGCAUCUCUAUGUAGAUCCAGAUCAUUGUUUGUGUAUAGUAGAUUUUGAAUAAGAAUGUUUGUUUUCUGUUUGUUUAGAGGUAAUGAUGGCUGACAGCAUGGAGAGGAUAAAAAGUUACUGGGUGGUGGUAGGAGCAUGAAUCCAUUGUUGGAUUCAGCAACAUAAAGGUAUUUUGUGGCACCAAACUGACAGCUCCGACCUGGUUGUUUGCUGAUAGCUGAAUCAUAACCUGAUGAGCAAAAACAAGGAACCAAACUGGAGGAAGUAUAUGAUUGCUCCAUUGUUUACCCUUAAUGUUUGUCAGCCUUUUUGUGUAAUACUCUGAAUACAAGCAAUUUUAGAAGAAAAAAAAGCUACUUCAGUGAUCCCACUAAAAAUGAAAGCACAAGCUGUGUUCCAAAUCCUCAUCUGCAUUAAGUACAGUAACAUUGUAACAUCAAUCAUUGGUGGAGGGCCUAAGUGUCACCAUGUCACCAGUCUAAAAUCUGGGUCAGUAACAGCUGAAACAAUGAAACAGGCAGAAUAUGGAAUGUAAUUUAUGUGAUAGAUAUCAUUGUCCCACAAUGCAAUGCACAAUGGAAAUGGACGAGCUGUUCACUCUGUUUUUAAAAAAUAUGGAUGUUGGUGCAGUGGCAUCUUGGAUAACAAAACAAAAAAGUAAAAACAUAAAGUAAAAAUGAAGUAAUAAUUCCAUUAAACAUUUUUGAUUUCAGAGUUUAAGAUUGACAUUGGCAUUCCAAAUUCACAUUUGAUUAUGUUUGAUUAAUGUGUAGAACACAUCUUGUAUUAUUUCUUCACCAGUAAAAUACUUACAAACUUAAAAAAUGGUACACUGUAUAUUUAUAUAGUAUGCGAUAAGAACAUGGGAAUUAUUACAUUUUUCUUUGUACUUUUAAAAAGUCGGAAAAAGCACAAAUAGUAAUUUAGAAAAAGCUGUAUUCCAAAUACACACUGGAUUCUCAUUUUGUGUUUUAAUAGUGGUGUGUCCACUCAUGGAGAAGUACACUUAAAAUCACAAGGACCCAUACUAAAAUGGCUUGAUUUUUAAGUCUUGUGUUAAUGGAAAGUAUUGUCUAACAAUUAUAAAAGCUGAUACAUUUUUUUUUCUUUAAGUGGACAACAGCUGCAUUUUCAAAAGCAACAAAAAUAAAUACAUUUAAAUUGGAAUUGACAUUUCAAAUCAGCAGUUGGAGUGAUGGUUAGUACACACCUUGAGCAGCUGUUGUGUACUAACUUACAAUAUAAAACACCUCAUUGUAUGUAGUAUGGGACAGGGCCAUGAGAAAGGUUUUGAAAACAGGGUGUUAAUAGGUAGGACUAGUUUGUUUAAAAGAGGAAGAAAUUCUCUUGGUGACACUUGAGGAUGAUAAUAACUCAUAGCAGCCGGUUUUCUGUUACACAAAUACAUUUUUUUUCUCCCUCAGUCAUUAGAUCCAAUUUAUUUUGAAUUUUUCAAGCUCAAUACAAAUUCAUGAUACGAGAAUAUUACAGCCAUGUGUGAUGAAGUUUUUAUAAAUGUUGAUUGCUGGAGAUGAGUCAUGAGAUAUUCUAUCAUCUAUGUCAAUUAACUUUCUUAGAAAAAAAGGUGUUAUAAUGUGUAUUGACAACACUGUGUGUGAUGUUCAGUCCUUUCACCAUCACAAUUAACCUCCUCAUGAGGCUACCACUUUUCAGAAGUCGAGGAAAUUAACUGAGGCAUGAUUGAAAACUGUAUCUUCAGUGUCUUGUUGAAUCUUUGCACUUUGCUGGGUCUCAAAAAGGUCUGUGAACCUGACAUCUGAGCAGGUGGAGUUAUACAUUAUAUGUUUGCAAGGCAACACAUGGGAGCAAAAGAUGAUCAGAGCAUGUGAUAAGCACCCUGUUGUGUCUUUUACAAAGAGUUUGGGUUCAUACCAUGUUGUGUGCUUAGGGUCAAUUGGUUUAGGCUCUUAUUGUGAAAAUAUUUAUGCCAGAAACCAGGACAUACCAUAAAUAUUCAUAUCUAUGGUUGUCAGUGUAUUCUCUGAUGUCCCACAACUCGCAGAAUGCAAUGCUAUUUGGUGUUUUGGUUUUAUUGUUUUAAGUUCACACCCAAACUCAUACGCAGUAAUGUAAGUAUUACUGUAAGCAGUAAACUGUAAUGUAUAAGUACAUGGUGCAAGUAUAUUGUGUUGUUAGGACUGAAGCACAAUUGCACACAACUCAUACAAGUUUUUUGUGUAUAAUAGGUGGGAAAAUCUGGCUUUUCCAAUACUAAUGUGCCACCACUGCACAUGUGCAGUACUUUGACAAAAGGUAUUACAAGCAGAAAUUUUAAAGCACAUAUUUAUACCCCCAUAACUCAAAUAGUAAAUUUCAAGAACACUCACACAUAACAAUGUCUGUAUUUUAAAACUAAGAUUUUGUCAUUGAUUGGAUUGAGUUAAGUACAGAACAACAGUAGCGCACAGUAGCAAAAUUUACAAAACAUUAGGAAUAUUGUACUAGAGAACGAAUGAGGUCAGCACAGUGUAACAAAUGUAUUUGAAAUUGUUGUAAAAUCCCUCUCAAGUGGCAAUUUCCUGUGUUUCAUGAGGAACUUAGAAAUGUACUCUGUGCAAUGAGAGAUGCCCUGUGAAAAUGCCACAGUUUAGAGUGGCACUUGUUUCAGUAGCACAGCUAUUAUUUUCUACAAGUCAUUUAUACUGGUUCAAUCCACUGCAGAUGUUAUGUGGGGACUAAAAAGACAUUACAGUCUUGCAUGAGCUCAUUACAGUUAGUUUAUUUCAAUAUAUUAAAAUGUGUCCAUUUUUAAUUAAUUUAUUUUACUGAAAUAAAAUAUGUAAUAACUAAUGCAUUGGGACUUUCACUGU